GUUAGCCACACCGGGGUAAACUUAUCUGACCUGUAUGAUUGGUACGCUCAGAGUUCACAUUGUUCGAAUUGACUUCGAACGUGUUGCAUACGCCGCUGCGUCAUUUUUCGCGUAUCUCUAUGAGACGCAGGUCCUGCAUUUCAAAUGCCCUUUUGCUGCCAGCAGUACAUAUGUAUGACCGUUUACAGAUUGAAGACGAUCCUUCAAGCUGUUCACGACCAUGGGUUUGUUGCACUCUAGCAGGGACAUUUGGUUGGCCAUUAAGGACCUCUUCCUCGCGGGGUCCUUGCCAGGCUCAACGAUAUGCGUCUCAGCUCUGAUACUGGUGUCCCUCUAUCUCCUGCAAGUCUAUCGCCGAAGCCAACGAACGACACGCAUACGAGGACCUCAAAGCCCAGGUUGGGUGUUUGGCUUCUCCAAGACAGUGCUAAACUCCAUCGCUACCACUGAACUAUAUGAACGUUGGGCCGUAGAGUACGGUCCAGUGUACAGGGUCCCCCUCGCCUUGGGAGAAUCCAGGGUCAUACUAUGGGACCCAAAGGCAAUCGCUCAUUUCUUUGCAAGAGACACGUGGUUGUAUAACCUAACUCCAUUCAACAAGCUCACCAUUAGCAUAACUGCUGGACGAGGAAUUAUGUGGGCCGAUGGUGAAAGUCACAAAAGGCAGCGCAAGGCUCUCAACCUUCGUUUCUCCACUACGGAAGUUUUUGGGACGCUCACGGGCAGUGCUCCUGCAGUCGCUUUGUCCCCGCCAGAGCAAGAAUUUGAGAAUGAGACUCCAACCUCUGAAAAGGCUUGGGACCCCGAUUCCGCCGCCUGCUAUACCUGGCAAUUUCCUUGCUCCGUCACAUUCUCAGUUCCACGAUCAUUCAGACGAAGGAGCUUUUUACCAGUCGCAGAUGCAGCAAGCAUUCCUUCGCUGUCACCUGUGUCCUUUCUGGAACGCCUAUCGUACGAUGAUGGCGCGGAUGAGCCCACUGGGGCCCAGUAUGACCUCAAGUCCGGUCCCAGAUGCAGAUUGCGUCGACUUUGAGCAAUUUUUGUGAGGACAAAGAGCGGGCCGACUCUGAUCACAAGCAAACGUUAGCUAUCCAUUAUACCUGGUACCCUAAUCGGGUCCAGGAAUUGGGUAUCCGAACAGACUCCAGGCUGGCUGCCGCUAGUAGUGAGUAUAGCAUCAGCAAAUGCACUGAAAUGAACGCUUGACUUACGCGCGUUACGGACACUUACGAACCCUUACGAAUUCAGUAGCGCACUCAUGCGAUUGGUGGAGAUGCUGAACACCAAUAUAAUUCACCGUAUCUGGCUGAUAAUUAGUGUUGCCGCAGCUCUGGCUUGAGGCCGGCUUUAGCCGCGAGCGGAGCUACAAUUAGG